GAAAAAGAGUAAACGCAUGUAUAAAUGCAAGAAUCCCCGUCGCGAUGAGCAUUUCAAUCCGGGAGUAGGACGACCUUAGAGAGAGAAAGAGAGAAGGAGAAUGUCUGGAGGAAUAGCGCGUGGCCGUCUCGCCGAAGAGCGCAAGGCAUGGCGCAAGAACCAUCCACAUGGUUUCGUGGCAAAGCCAGAGACUGCGCCGGACGGCUCCGUCAAUUUGAUGGUCUGGCACUGCACAAUCCCUGGCAAGCAAGGCACUGAUUGGGAAGGUGGCUAUUUUCCCAUCACACUUCACUUCAGCGAGGACUACCCAAGUAAGCCCCCCAAGUGCAAGUUUCCUCAGGGUUUCUUCCACCCUAAUGUCUACCCCUCUGGGACGGUAUGCCUAUCGAUUCUCAACGAGGACAGUGGAUGGAGGCCAGCAAUUACAGUGAAACAAAUUCUUGUCGGCAUACAGGAUUUACUGGACCAGCCGAACCCUGCAGACCCUGCCCAGACUGAUGGAUAUCACCUCUUUAUCCAGGAACCAGUGGAGUAUAAAAGAAGGGUCCGGCAGCAGGCCAAACAAUACCCACCUCUUGUCUAAUCUUGGAACCUCCCUUGAAUGCUGGGACAUUCAUUACUCUCUACAUAUGCUGACUGCAGAGUAAAUAUUGUUUUGUCAGAUUGGCCUAACUCUUAUCGUCCAAUCGGCGUUCUUCAUAGUUGUUGGACGCUGGUGCUUGCAUACGGGUUCUUGUGUUUGCGUGGUCUGACUCUUAUUGACGGAUAUGAUUCAAGCAUUUCUUGUCUGUCUGUGUAUUGAUGAUUUGUCUCUUUCGACAAGAUGUUAUCACAGGCUUGUAUCCUUAUGGUUGGUGUGUUUCAUUUGCUUUGCGCUGA